AAAACCCCACUUUGUUGAAAAAGAAGAUACUGAUGUGCAUAGGCGUCAAUAUUUUUCUCCUUUACAUAUUAAUAUUAAAAAAUAGUACACAGCUUAAUUAGACUUUUGUAAAUAUUUACAAUUAUUAGGAAAUAAAAGUAUUAGAAUGUCUCGCCAAGCUUCACGUUUCGACUCCAAAAAAGUGUAAUUAUAUGACAAAUCAAAUUUGAUCUCGCGUCACACUUUAACAUAAUCAACGCAAUUAAGGUGAAUGGAUAUUAACCAAUAUUUGAGUAACAGAAAACCAAAUCAACAGAAAGCUACAGGAGCUAUCACUGUUAUAGCUCAGGAUAAAAGAAGCUUACAAGACCAACAACAAGUACAAUUGAUACCGAUGAUGACUGCAGGAGGAGCACAAAUUAUUAUUGGACAAGUUCCACAACAACAGCCACAAACUACCAAUACAAACGGGGCUGCGGCUACUGGAAUUAUACCCCUACAGACAAGCCAAAUAAUGCUGCAACAGCCGCAGCAAACGGCCCAACCCAUGCAGCUACUCCAAUUACCUGACGGCCAAACUUUAUUUUAUCAACCACCCUCCACUUCAUUGGCUAUUGAUCCCAGUGCGGCAACCCAAGCUCAACCAACUCCACAACCACAACUUAUUAAUAUUAAUGGGCAAAUAAUGCAGAUUGCUACCGCUCCGACGCAUCCUCAAGGUACUACAGCUACCACACCAACUAUUGGUCAACAAAUUAUAAUGAUGCCACAGGCUAGUACGGCAACGGUUGCAGUGCCCCAACCUUCGGCGACAGUAGCAGCACAGCAAACUGCUACAACCUCUGUGGCCAAUAAUGUUACAAAUGAGGCGGCAUCAGCAGGAAUUCAAGUGGAAGAUGAUUCAAGCAAGGGCGAAUCAGAAGAAGAACCCCUUUACGUUAAUGCCAAACAGUACAAACGAAUACUGAUACGACGACAAGCUCGAGCAAAGCUAGAGUCACGCAUACCAAAAGAACGGUCCAAAUAUUUGCAUGAGUCUCGUCAUCGUCAUGCAAUGAAUCGGGUACGGGGUGAAGGUGGUCGAUUCCAUUCGGCGCAGACAAAAAGCGAACUAGCUGGGUCGGGUCAUGGCCAUUGCGAGCCACAAAUGCAACCUCUACAAAGUCGAGCAUCUGUACGGUCUGCACCAAAAUUAAUCGCUCCACAUCAGGGUCCAAUACCAGCACCAACACCAAAUAUUACAAUUACCCCAAUAAAGUAACAAAAAUUUUAGCAUGUAAAAAGGAA